AUGGUGGGCUUAACAGUCUCGGACGUGCCCCCGACCAUGGCGGUCAAGAUCUUCUCUGCUGGCGUGGCGGCCUGUGUGGCAGAUGUGAUCACCUUCCCGCUGGACACUGCCAAAGUCCGGCUACAGAUCCAAGGUGAAUGCCAGACCUCCAGUGCCGUUAGGUAUAAAGGUGUCCUGGGAACGGUCACUACUCUGGCCAAAACAGAAGGGCCGCUGAAGCUCUACAGUGGGCUGCCUGCUGGCCUCCAGAGACAAAUAAGCUUUGCCUCCCUUAGGAUCGGCCUCUAUGACACCGUCCAGGAGUUCUUCAGCGCAGGGAAAGAAACAGCUAGUUUAGGAAGCAGGAUCUCAGCUGGCCUGACGACGGGAGGAGUGGCCGUGUUCAUAGGGCAGCCCACAGAGGUUGUGAAGGUCAGGCUUCAAGCGCAGAGCCAUCUACAUGGUCUCAAACCCCGAUACACUGGGACUUACAACGCUUACAGAAUUAUAGCAACAACGGAAGGCCUGACAGGCCUUUGGAAAGGGACUACUCCCAACCUGACAAGAAAUGUCAUCAUCAAUUGUACAGAGAUAGUUACUUAUGAUCUAAUGAAGGAGGCCCUCGUGAAAAAUAAACUCCUAGCAGCAUCAGCUAUCUGUGCUGCAAGGGCUUUGAGAAUUCUAACAAACUCAGAGGAUGGUGACCUGCACUUUUCUAGAUUUGCACCUUCCUUCUUGCGACUUGGAUCCUGGAACGUCAUUAUGUUUGUGUGCUUUGAACAGCUGAAGCGGGAACUGAUGAAGUCAAGGCGGACCAUGGACUGUGCCACAUAAUCGUCUCCAGGGAAAGGAUGUAACACUGCGGUGGGAAUCUGUGCUGACUGAGCAGAUAAUUAAAAUCCAAACCAAAACAAA